AUGUUGCACGUCGACUCGGACACUUCUUCCACGAAAGAUACCUUUACCGCGAAAGAUACGCCUGCCGCGGAAACUACUUCUGUCGCGACCACAUCGAUCCACGAUGCCGCGCCCAUCACGACAUUAUUCUCGAGCGCGAAAGUGUCGUCGAUGCCUCCCGUGUUGCUCGCGACGGCAAGGGUAAGAGUCAGGUUCCCCUCCGAAUCUCCGAACGGUCGCACUCGCGUCGUUCGAGCGCUUCUCGAUCAAGGAUCAGAAAUGACCUUUAUCACCGAACGAUUGAGGCAAGGCUUAAGAUUGCGUCGCGUGAGAAUGCCCGUCUCGAUCUCCGCAAUCGGAGGCGUCGACGCCGGAACAUGUCGAUACGCGGCCGAAAUUCAGAUCUCGCCGAUCGGCCAAGCUUCCCUCGCGUUCAAGACCACUGCCCAUGUAGCCGAUCUCGCGCUCGCGGAUCCGGAUCCUACGAACUCGGACCCCAUUGACAUACUCAUCGGUGCCGACCUGUACGGCGAUUUGCUGCUCGACGGCAUUCGAAAGGGCUCCCGCGGUCAACCCCUCGCGCAGAAUACCGUUCUCGGUUGGGUGCUGUCCGGCCCCGCGGCUGACCCACAAGCUCGUCCUCGAACAGUCACGGCUCAGAACUGUUCUAAUACCCUGUCUCUCGACGAGGAACUCCGACGCUUCUGGGAAAUCGAAGAAAUCCCUCGCGCCAUUCCACUGAGUCCAGAGGAGCAACAAUGCGAAGAUCACUUCCUCGCCACUCAUUGGCGACGCUCCGACGGACGAUACGUGAUUCGCUUUCCGUUCAAAACCGGUCCCCCAAUCGAGAUCGGUAAUUCUUAUCACUCGGCCGAGCGACAGUUGAGAGGUCUUGAACGGAGACUAAACGCCGAUGAGAGAGUAGCGACGGAAUACCGCGCUUUUAUGGAGGAGUACGAGCGACUCGGGCAUAUGAAGCGUGUACCACACGACGCAGACACGUCGUCUCAACACGUUUACAUUCCGCAUCACCCCGUGAUUCGCGAAAGUAGCACCACCACUCGGCUACGGGUCGUUUUUAAUGCGUCGAAUCCGACGAGCAACGGCACGUCGCUGAAUGACCACUUGCUAACCGGGCAAAAGUUGCAGACCGACUUAGCUGCCAUUCUACUAAGAUGGAUGCUACCUCGAUACGUGUACUCCGCCGACAUUACAAAAAUGUAUCGUCAAAUCGAAAUCGAUCCUCGUGACGUCAACUAUCAACGAAUCCUAUGGUUCGAUCGCGAAUCUCGAACCAUCAUCGCGUUCAUUCUGUUAGUCCUAACGUACGGAACGGUUAACGCUCCUCAUGAUGCGCUUCGCGUUCUGGAACAACUAGUUCGGGACGAGGGAGGCUCAUUUCCGUUGGCGGUUCCGGUGAUUCGAAAGGGCCGGUAUAUAGACGACUUUCUCUUCGGAGCGGACGACAUACUGCUACUUCGUCAGACGCGCGAUCAAGUAUACGCGUUACUAAGUCGGGGGCGGUUCGAAUUACGUAAGUGGGCGAGCAACUCUCCGCAACUUCUGGCCGACAUUGACGUCGAAAAUCACGGAUUAGCGUGUUCGAAAACAUUGCAAGCCGAUGAGCAACUGAAAGUGCUCGGAAUAAGCUGGAAGCCUGCCCUCGACGUGUUCCAAUUCGACGUUUCGCUCCCUCCGUCCGUUCCCAAGACCAAAAGAUCCAUUCUAUCCUUGGUAGCGAAAAUCUUUGAUCCGCUAGGGUGGGUCACGCCCGUGACAGUAAACGCAAAGAUCUUUCUGCAACAACUCUGGCAGGCAAAAGUGGACUGGGACGAAGCCAUCGCGGACGAUCUUCUCGCGCAGUGGAAGACGACUCACGCAUCCCUGGCGACGAUCAAUGGUCUUCACGUAGACCGUUGGGUACGAUACGGUUCCGACACGGCGAACUGCGAACUUCACGGCUUCUGCGAUGCCUCCACCACCGCGUUCGCGGCCGCAGUUUAUAUUCGCGUCACCUCCGUUACAGGCGAGACCACUUCCAGGCUGCUCAUCGCCAAGUCAAAAGUCGCUCCGAUCAAAUCUUUAAGUAUUCCUCGGUUGGAAUUAUCUGCUGCCGUUCUAUUGGCUCGGCUGUUAGAGUUCGUGCGAUCAUCGCUACAACUAACUACCAUACCGUGCUUCUGCUGGACGGACGCUCUCGUCGUGCUAGCAUGGGUGACUCAGCACCCUUCAAAGUGGAAAACUUUUGUUGCUAAUCGCGUCUCCGAGAUACAAUCCCGCGUCCCGUUCGCUACCUGGAGACACGUGCCAACCGAAGAUAAUCCGGCCGACUGCGCUUCUCGCGGCAUUCUUGGAUGCCAUCUCGCGUCCCACCAUUUGUGGUGGCAGGGGCCUUCGUGGCUGAGACGUCCUACGAUUGAGUGA